AUGACGGCGGUGCUAGGCCCAAGAGCUAUCAACAACAAGAAGUUCACCGAGUGGUCGACGAACAUAGUGGCCCUGGGUCUGGAAUGGGACUCCGUCGCUAUGACGGUAUCAAUGCCCGUAUCCAAACUUCAAAAAGCUCUGGGGAGAGUCGAAGCUGUUCUAGUCUCAUCUCAGACGACGCGGACUGCGCUAGCGAAGCUACUGGGAAGUCUACGGCAUAUCUGCUCCUGCAUCCGCCCGGCUAAACCGUUGUUCCAACAGUUAGUGGCACUAUGGAAACGCUCACCAAGGGUACGACCGAUUAGCCUCACUCUAGAAGCACGUCUCGAUCUCGCCUGGUUCGCCCAUAUUCUUCGAUUUGGAGUCUACGCGGGGUACCUCUCGAGUAUUUUUGUGGAUUACCUGCUCCGGCGGUACACUUGUACAUGGAUGCUAGCGAUAGCGGACUGUGCGUUCUGAAUCCCGUACGACACGAAUUAAUCCGCCUACAAUUUGACCCCGUCGAGCAAGACCUCAUCAAGCAACGUCGUCGGCUGAGUAUAAACGUACGUGAACAAUUCAGCGCACUAGUAGCAGUACUGUGCUGGAGCAAGCACUGGCGAUCCUCGAGCCGCACCACAUUGACACACGUACGAUUCUGGAUAGACAACAACGCCGCAGUGACGUGGUGCAACAAGCUAACCAGCACGAAUCCGUUAUCACAAGAGAUGAACCGAAUUUUUGGAGCAGUUGAAGCCGAAGGGAGCAU